AUGGUUGACCCACAGCGCACCAAGCUGGUCAUCCAGCGCACGCUGUCCAUUCAUCCGGCCCGGCUGCCCACGGAGGACACCGCUCCGGACACCAUCCAUUGGGCUGUAGAGGGCUUAACUGGCAGGCUGAGGGAGGCAUCCGGGAGUCUUGCAGGAGCCGACAUGGGUUCAUGCGUCGCAGCCACUGUGCCCCUGGGGCUGUGGUUCUUGGUGACGGUGGGCGUAGUGGCCAAGCCCGGCGUGGGGGAGCCCCGACGUUGCCAUCUGUCACAUUAUCGCUCGCUGGCCCCCACGGCGCUGGCCGCAGUCAAGGAGCUGAGGGACCGCUAUGAGGAAGAGGCGCUGAGCUGGAGGCCCCGCAAUUGCUCUUUCCGCCUCCGGAGGGCGCCUCCCAGGCCCGCGUCCUGCAAGGGGCUCCGCCAGGUGGCACGUGACCUCGCGGACGCCCAGUCCGUGCUGAGCGGCCAGCGACGCCCCAAGCCGCUCCCGGGGACCGGCCAGAUCCUGCAGCUGCUGGCGGCCGCGGGGCGCGAGGUGACAGCCUGUCUGGAGCUGGUCCGGCCCGGCUGGUCGAGGAAGUCCCUCCGGCCACCGCGGAGGCGCCACAAAGCACGCCGAGACGACUCGCCACAGUGCCGCGAAGCCACCAUCAUCUUCAAUUUGCUGCGCCUGCUGUCCCGGGACCUGAGGCUCGUGGCCUACUCGGGGCCUUGCGUCUGA